AUGGCUGAACCUGAUAAAUUAGACUAUAGAUGCUCUCCUCAUAGGAUCUUCACCCUUAUUUCCCAUAUGAAUGGGGGUCAAAAAGAGAUGCUCAAAGAAUUGGGAUUCGGGACACUAUUAGGGAUGAGAGAUUGUAACUUGAGAAAAAAUCUUAUAUUUUGGUUGUUGAGUAGGUUCAACGUAGAUGAUGGAUCUUUGGAUGUUCAUGGGAAGCACUUCAAACUGGAUAGUAAAGUUUUUAGUGCUACCAUGGGUGUUAAUGAUGGUGUCGAAGAUUUACAAAGACAUGGUAACCCUGUUGAACAACCUUUUUACAAGAAAGGUGAGAAGAAUACUGUUAGUUUGUUGGAGGAGAAAUUGAGGCGUCGUGAAUUGGUCGACAUGUCCUUUGUUCGGCAAUUUUUGUUAUUUUUUGUUAGUGUUUUUUUGCUGCCUAAUACGUCUCUACAUGUUGCUCGAGAGGUUGAGGGUCCUAUAAUGUCCUUAACUGACGUUGCCGCUGUUUGUCGUGUUAAUUGGGCAUCAAUGGCAUAUACGCAUAUAUGGAAAAGCAUAAGACGGUAUCAUGGCAAAGCAUCGAAGUUCGUUGGAGGAUGCGUCUAUUUUUUACAGGUAUUUUACUGUCACCAUAUUAUUUGGAAGGAAGGGUAUGUAGAUAGGUCCCUAUGCCCUAUAGGUUUUUGGUGUGACGAUGAUACCAAGGCUUUGCUUGACUGGGUUGAAGAGGAAGGGGGGUUUGAGUCGAAUACAGUAAGCAUGGGAUAAAAUUUAGUAAUUUUUUUCUUUGUUGUUAUGAUGGCAAAGUCUAUAAUAUGUCGGAGUUAAUAAUAUUAUGUAAUUUUUUUUUCAGAUCCCCAUGUUAGAAUUUCAAGAAGGGGUCGAUCAAUUGAAGUUACCCGCCACGAUAUCGUCUUUGUGUGUAAUGGUUGAAUCUUUGGAGAAGAAAUUGAUUGCUAAGGAGAAUGAAAUGGAUAAAUUUAAAGAGGAGAUGAAGAUUGAACUGGACAUGGGAUUUCAACGCUUACAACAAAGUUUGAGUACUCCAAAUCAUCACGUCAUUCA